AUGUCACAACAAGGAAUUUCCCGUCGAAUGGGUACCAUUACCCUAUUCAUUUCAUGCAUGGCAUUCCUAGUGAUGAUGCUGUUGAUGCACACUCCACAUGUACAUGCUUCUUUUAUUGAUUCUGUUGUGAAUGAAGCAUUCGAUAUCGAAUCAGACGUGGUGUCUAGCGUGAAAGGUAAAAUCUGUACUGUUAAAUUAUGUGAUUUGAAAUGUCCACAUGGUCUCGAUACAGAUGAAGAGGGAUGUCCUGUUAAUCGAUGUGCUCGAUUGGUAGGUCCAGCUCCAUACAUUUCUAAUGGUGUUUCCAUGUUGCCAAACAUUGCAGCAGUUUGUCGUUAUGUCGAAGUUUGUCGCAUGCAUUGUCCUCAUGGAUUUUUAUCAUACAAGGGAUGUCCACUUUGUAAAUGUUACAAUCCACCAAAAGUAGUACCUCCAAAAGUCCCUGUUCCAAAACCUCAUGUUCCUCCAGUGAGACCACCUGAUUAUUUCUGUCCCAAUAAGUGUGAAUGUGGUUUUAAACCUGGACAUGGAUUCAAGAAAGGAUAUUGUGGAUGCAUUCCAUUCCAGACUCCAGUGGUGAGAGGAGUGUAUUGUGCACCACCGCGAUGUCGAGUGAGUUCGUGUCCAUUCGGUUUGGCACGAACCUUGCGCAACACGAAAUGUCCGACCUGUGGUGCUUGUGAUCGAACACCCAUUCGAGUUGAUUAUGAAGCAGAAAUCAAAGUAAUUAGAGAACAAGCGAAAGAAAAAGCAGCCAAGGAUCAAGCAGCAAAAGAACAAGCUGAGAAGGAGGCUGAGGAGCAAAGACAACGAGAAUUGGAAGAGCAAGGUCAGCAAGAAAUUAUUGAUGAUCAAGGAAAUCCAGUGGUCGUUGAUGUUGUCGAUGAUCAACAAGGUCAAACUCCUCAACCUUAA